CCCCCGGAAGCGGGGCAGAGCCGGCGAGUGGGCGCGGGUGGGCGAGCGCGGCGCGGCGGGGAGGGGCGGUGGCGCCCGGGUGGGGGUGAGCCGGCCAUGGAGGAGGAACAGAGCUUCUCGGAUAUCUACGGCGGUCGCCUAGCCCUGCAGCACCGCUACUACUCCCGGUCCUGCAGGGAGUUCUGCCUCAGCUGCCCUCGCCUUUCGCUGCGUUCGCUCACCGCUGUCACCUGCACCGUGUGGCUGGCGGCCUACGGACUCUUCACGCUCUGCGAGAACAGCAUGAUCCUCUCUGCUGCCAUCUUCAUCACCCUCUUAGGCCUCCUUGGUUACCUCCAUUUUGUGAAGAUUGAUCAGGAGACUCUGUUAAUCAUUGAUUCCCUGGGCAUCCAGAUGACUUCAUCCUAUGCUUCAGGCAAAGAAAGCACUACUUUUAUAGAGAUGGGCAAGGUCAAGGAUGUUAUCAUUAAUGAGGCUAUUUACAUGCAGAAGGUGAUUUACUACCUCUGCAUUUUAUUGAAAGAUCCAGUGGAACCAAAUGAGAUAUCCCAAGUAGUACCUCUCUUCCAGAGUGCCAAGCCACGGCUGGACUGCUUGAUUGAAGUGUACAGGAGCUGCCAGGAGAUCCUGGCACACCAGAAAGACACAUCAACAAGUCCAUGAGUCCCAGCAUUCAGAAAGCCAGUAUUGUCUUCCGUGGGAGAUGACUACUAAGCCCCAGUGGCUGGCUUAUUUUCUGUACUCUGAACCAUCCGCUGGACACAGCCCUAGGACAUAGUGGAUGUCAGCGCCAUAGAGCAGGUGACUGGAAAUCUAACUCAAUGCUUCUUUUUAUUAUAGUGUUUCCCUUGUAAGGUUCUGCCCACUUUUCUAACAGGAGAGAGACCAAAAGUAAUUUGGCAAAGAGCACUUUGUGAGAUUCCUAAGCAUAUUCAAGUUUACUUUGUGUUGAUAUUUGUUGAGUUAGACAGGGGAAAACUGAUACCAAAUCUCUCAAGAAAAAGUAUAAUUUCCAAUUGCACAGAACCGGUGUAUAAAGUUAGGGAAAAAAAAAAAAAAGAAGCCCUUUUGGUACUUGUUAGCAGUACCUGUCCACCUCACUCCUGUGUUCUGUACAGGGUUGAUUUCUUAUGACUCUUAAUAAACAGAUCUUCCAAAACACACAGUAAUUACCUGGUUCACAGACAGGUGCUUUUUAUUGACAGACAAGAUCAUGGCAUUUCAGUAAUGGAUGUCAAGCUCAUUAACACUUUUCUGUUACUCAGCAUUUUCUAUUGUUUAAAAGCUGCUUUUUGCCAAGAGGGAUGAGACAAAAGGCCAGAAAGAAAUUUGACUUUGGUUUUCAGACAUGGGACUUCCAUGUUAAAGAAGAAUAAAUAAACAAA